GCCGACGCUGUUCCGGCGUCAAAACUUCACCUCUCACCGGCGCACUUAUACCCGAUCUCUUCGCGCACGCACACAAAACCCGCACGGAUCGCGUAGUUUCUGUCGUCGUCAACUCCACCGAUAUCGCGGUACACACACGACUGCAGCUGCACCGAGAAUACCCUCAAGGCGAUCGCUGAUCACCGGUGGUGACAUAAAUUUACACAUAGACAGACAUACAACUCCACGACCAUAAACAUGGUCGGCACAAGACACUUGGUAUUUUUGGCCGUGUACGUCCUAUACGUGCAAUCGUCAGCCGCCUCUCCAGUCUAUCAAGAGGAUGACCACUAUGAUGGACACCACCACGAACAUCACCAUGGUCUACCACCAGCCACGUCCUACGCCACCAUAUCGACGACGCAUGUCAAAGUGCAACACCCGCCAGCUGCGCCCACGAAGUACGCAACACCGUACAAACAUGAGUAUCUGACGCAACCGCAGAUGGCGUACAAGUACAUAUCACUGCCGUCGGCCGUUGCUCUACAACAGUCAGGUAAAUUCGAAGAGCCGUCCACGUCGGGCUACAAGUACCUCGCCGCGUCACCCACUUAUAAGUACGUACAACCGCCGGCGGUGACCACUGAACCGGAAGCCGCGGAAGAGCCAACCAACUCGUUGAAAUACGCGCUCAAAUACGAACAGAACUCGUUCAAGCAGGAACAGGAACAGCAACAACAGUUACAGCAGCAAUUCCAGCAGCAAGAGUAUGAACAGCCGGCAGUUCAGUACAAAUACAUAGCCGUGCCGUCGUAUAAGUACGUGCAACAAGUGGCCGCGGAACCGGAAUACGGUCAGCACCAGCAGCAGCAGCAACAGGUCGCUGUUUCCUAUGACUACACAGAUGACAAGCAAUAAUAAACUUUAUAGUAUAGGUAAUAACGACGGCGAUUAUAAUGUAAGAUCCCGAUGUCUAGGCAGCGGAGCGGCGUAGUAAACUUAUAAAUUGGCAGAGGUGACCGUUUUUUAUGACCAAUUUUACCACUUGAAAACGCAAGACAAAUAUAAAUUAAAUAUUAAAUAUCAGCUUAAGUUUGCAAAGAGCUUCAGCAUUCAACAAUAUAAGAUAAUACUCACUUAAAAAAACUUUUUAGUCACCUCUUAAAUACCUCCUUCCAUACGCUGUUGCCCCGAACUCGCCUGCAAUAUAACCACGUAGUUGCUCACCAUUUUAGCCCACCACUUCGAUCUACACUCUUAUUAUAUGAUUAAUAAUUAAAACAAAUUAAAAAUGUAUAAUCUUACGUUUGAUGUUCAACAGUACUUAUGCGUUACGUUUUACUUCUGUUUUUUGACCACCUGGAGACCAUCUCUAUCACUCCAUCUUUCUCUCUGUGGCGUCCAUUAAAUUACGCCAAUGAUUAUAUUAUGUUAGAAAUGUAUUAGUUUAGAUUAUUGUUUUUUUUUACACACGGCCCAUAUUUGCCAUGUCUUCUCAUCCUUCUGCAGCAAAUGUAGAGGUUUAAUCGCUUCUUAUAUUAUAUUAUGAUACAAAUACGAUUACAUAUUUUUGUACUUUAAUUAUAGUAUAUAUAUUUUUAAUAUAUAAUAAAUUGUAUAUUUGCAUAUUAUGUUUAUAAUAUAAUAUACGCAGUACUUACGUUUAUUUAUUGUAUGCCUAUAUGUGUGCCGUUAUUCUAAUGAUGAGCUGCAGUUUCAUAAAACCACGAUUGUGUUACUGUUAUAUUGUUUUACUUCAUCGGCUACAUACUUAGGAAUAU